AUGAUUUUCUCGUACUAUGUAAGCGAUGAUAGUAGUGACGAUGAAAGAACGGAAGAUCUGGCGAAACAACGCCGAUUCCUUCGUAGUAUUUUCGACCCUUUGGAACUUUCCAGUCAAGCAUUUAAGAAGAAUUUUCGUGUGUCGAAGGAGAUCUUCCUCCAUAUUCUCAAUGAGAUUGAGCCAAAGUUUCCGCCGGUAAGGGCAAAAGGGCUUACCCCAAAGGAAAUGUUGGCUGCUACGCUGCGGUUUCUAACAGAGGGUAGCUACCAAAAUGGAACUGGAAAAGAUUUUAAUUUAGCUAUUGCUCAGCCAACAUUCUCCGUUGCAUUUGCUAAAUGUUUGACAAUUUUGGAAGAAACUUUGGCUCCCAAAUAUAUUUCUUUGCAAAUGGAACCAAACGAGCAGCAAGAUGCAAGACGAUACUUUUUCUCCAAAAGUGGCAUCCCUGGUGUUUUGAUGUGUGUCGAUGGUACACACAUCAAAAUUAUUGCACCAGUGGACAGUAGGGAUCUACAUUUCAACCGUAAGGGCUUUUACAGCUUAAACGUGACGAUUAUUUGCGACCAUCUGAUGAAAAUUCGGUACGUCAAUGCCAAAUACGCCGGAGCCAAUCACGACUCGCAUGUUUGGAGUGUGUGCGGAAUAGAUGAUUUCGCUGAAAAACAUCACCGUGGAGAAGAUGGGUUUAAAGUAUUAGCCGAUGCUGCUUACCCAUCAAAGCCAUGGUUAGUUACACCAAAACGUAACCCGGCUCCAGACACACCAGAGGCUGCCUUCAAUAAAAACCAUGCAAUGGGCAGGGAAAUAGUGGAGCGUACAAUCGGCUUACUGAAAAACAGAUUUCGAUGCUUGUUAGGUGCUCGACAGCUGCACUACACACCGAUAAAAGCAGCUCAAAUCACAAACGUGUGUUGUGCUUUACACAACAUGUGCAUUGCGCAUAACUUAGAUGGACCUAGUGAAUAA